GUGAUACUCAUGGAAUUUUACCUACAACUAAUAUAAUGAAGAAAUCUUAUAACUUCUAAAGGAGGAUGGAGGCUGAAAGUAUUAAUUUGUUGGAUCAACUUCGACUGAAACAUGAGAAUCACGCGAAUACGUCGAAGCUCUUAAAUAAUGACUCUCCUGAUGUUGUACGCAUGAAGCUCCGCGCGCUUCUGGUGGCACUCCUAGGUGUGUCCAUGUCAGCUUGUGCGUUUGCUUCACAGCCGGUCGAACUGGAAUUAGAAGACAAUGAUGUGGCACAGAAGCUUAGCAACGUUAGCUUCGUACGAAGAAUUACGAAGCCCACUAUUCGACUCGUUAUGGGGUAUAGUAAACUUAGUUCGUUUGUGACAGCCGUAACUUCGUUACUACUCCUGGUUGCUGUUAUGUCUAAGCAGUCGUGGUGGAGGCGCGGGGCCCGCUGGUUAGCAGCACCAGCACUGUUGGUGGCAGCACUGGAAGCGGCUUCAGACGCGGGUGACGCUAUGUUAGCUGCUGCUUUGCGCAGUUCCGCGGAUCCCGCUAAAGUUGCUGCACAAACCGCUGGUGCAACUGUUCUUGUAACCAUAGAGAUACUUGUCUGGUAUUUUAUAGCAAAAUUUUUCGAGUAUAAUCCAGCGCCUUUGUCGGGCGAACAUAAGAAAGAAAAUAUCAUUAAAAACUAAGAUAACAUGUUCUCAAAACAGCAAUAAAUAAAACACUAUCAAUGUU